AUGCAUCGUGGGUUUUUACAAAAGUUCAGUCAACAACGUCAAAUCAUAAGAAUGCAACUUUCAAUUCUGUCAUUUUCAUUGCUAGUGUUUUUUGCAGCUAACAUUUUUGCUCAUUAUGUUCCUGGUUUUGAUUCAUUAAGAGUUCAAGCAUCAAUUGCUAAAAGAGCUAACAACUUAAUGGAUCCAGCUUAUACUUAUUUACCAGACAAAGAGCUUGAUUUUAUCAAUGCUCAUUUGAAAAAAUUGACAAAUUUCAAUGGUACCAAAUGUGAUCAAUGUAAGAACAAAAUAAGAUAUGGAAAGUCUUUAAUUGAACAAUAUCCAGAUCAACAACAUUUAGUUAGUUUAUUACUUUUCAAAUAUUGUAUUGUUCAAAAUAAUGGUACUGAAAGUAAAUGUGAUAAUAAUGAUUUUUUUGUGACUACUCAAAAUAAAGGUACUAGUAGAUUCAACAAUACUUAUGAUUCAGGUUAUGGUUCAGAAACUAGUGUCAACUUUUAUGAUAAUGAUUUCUUACACAUGUUGAGAAAUUUUAAUACAUCAAGUGAAUUAGAUUUAGAAUAUUAUUGUUUUUUCAAAGGAAGUUCAGCAUGUAAAUUACCAAAGACUAAAGAUGUUGAUGAGUUCUAUGGUGUUCAAAGUUGGUUCCCUCCAAAGCAACCUCAACAUUAUUUCCCUCCAGUUUAUAAAAAUAAUUCUGAAAAAUUUAAUGUUUUACAUAUUACUGAUUUUCACAUUCAACCUCAAUAUGCAUUAGGAACUGAAACAAACUGUUCACAGAACAUUUGUGGGUUUAAAGAUUCGUUCAAUAAAGAUUUACCAGGUAAGGAUUAUAAUUUCACUUCUUAUUAUAAAAAAUUCAAUCCAAAUAUAUCAUCAAUCGAAUUAUCAUUUUAUCCAGAUGCAAGAUAUGAAAAUUCAACAUAUAUUAAAGGAGAGUAUUAUGAUUAUCCAAAAUAUAGAGGUUGGAAUUUUGUUAAUGCUCCCGCUACCAAUUUUGGUGCUUAUUUGUCGGAUUCACCCGAAUUAUUGAUGAAUAGUUCUUUAAUUGCAGUUGCAAAAAUGCAUAAAGAAAAGGACUUUGAGCUUGUAGUUUUCAAUGGUGAUAUAAUUGAUCAUUCUGUGAUCACGUGCACACCAGAACGAACCAAACAUGAUGAAAUUCGAGGAUUUACCUUGAUGAAACAUUAUUGGGAUAAUAUACCUGUAUUGCCAAGUUUAGGAAAUUUCCCUUAUGGUCAAUUACCACCUCUCCAUCUUGGCAAUGAGCUGAUGGAGCAAUUUCAAUACAAUAUUGAUGAAAUGGCAAAUCUUUGGAUCAAUAAUGAAUGGUUUGAAGAAAAAGAUAGAAAUGAUUUAAAAAGACAUUAUGCGGGAUUUUCAUAUGUUACUAAUAGAGGACUUAAAGUUAUUGGAUUGAAUUCAAAUAGUUAUUAUCAAAAAAAUUUAUAUUCAUACGUUAAUUUAGAAGCUAACCCUGAUCAAUUUGGAACUUGGAAGUUUCUUAUUGAUGAAUUGGUUGAAUCAGAGCAAAAGGGGCAAAGAGUUUGGAUUCAAGCACAUAUUCCAGUCACUGAUUUCGAUGCUUUACCUUUACAAAGUAGAAUUUUUGGUAAAAUCAUCGAAAGAUUCUCACCUUAUACAGUAGCCAACAUAUUUUAUGGCCAUACUCAUCAGGACGAAUACCAUGUACUUUUAUCCGGUAAUGCUACAACUGAAACUGCCGAGGAAAAGGAUUUAGUCAACUUAGCAUGGGUUCUUCAAUCUAUAACCCCAUUAACCAAUUAUAAUCCAUCUUGGAGAUAUUAUGAAGUUGAAAAUGAAAGUUUCAAUAUAAUAAAUUCUUAUAAUUAUUAUGCAUUAUUGAAUGAGACAUUUGUCAAUGGUGGAGAUGAACCAAAUUGGAAAUUUGAAUAUUCAGCUAGAGACUUGUAUGAUCCAGAUCAUAAAUGGCCAUUAGAUGCUCCAUUAAAUGCUACUUUCUGGCAAAAUAACGUUAUUAAAAAAUUAGCCAAUGAAUCAGAUAUUGAAUUCAGUCAAUUAUUUGCUGAAAAACAAUUUAGAUAUGGACCAGGUACUCCAAAAUGUGCUAAUGGAACUGUUAUUUCAGAUAAGUGUUACAAUGAGAUCCUUUGUGUCAUGACUAAUUUUUAUUCUGAUGAUUAUCAAGCAUGUCUUAGAGAUUAG